UCCAGGUUGGAAGGUGCAGCGUCAAAAGCUGUUUGGCUGUGUUUUGGCCCUAACCAUAGUUCAGAAAGCCCUCAGUUAAAAACGCCAAGGGACUAUGUCUGAUCAUCCUCCCCCCUCGGAGAGCCAGCAAAUGGAUCAUUCCUUCUCUUUAUGUUAGCAGUGGAAGGAGGCAGAGUGACAGUUGAAGUCUGUCUGCAUACAGUAUCACAGUGGUCAGACUGCCAAGCCCACCUCAAAUUAGCCCUGCAGCCCCUGAUCGGAGCCGUGAAGAGCCCCGUGACCGAAGACUCGUCACACGCGUGACCGAAGACUCGUCACGCGUGACCGCAGGCAAACUGCUGCUGCUGCUGCAAGGAGAGGCAGCGCAGGCUAUGCUGCAGCAAAGGUAGAGGUCAAGAAGAAGACAAACGAGAGGAGUAAGCAGGUAGACUCCGACGGGGGUGGGGAUGGGGGGUCGUUUGUGAACUAAAGCAGAAGCAUCAAGCUGCAGAGUGUUGCUCUGUGGGCCACUGAGGGGGAGGAGAUGUGAAGGAGGGCAGGGAGAGAGCAACAACUGCGAGAAAGACGAGAGAGACAUGCUGCUGUCAGAGAUCAUGUGCGGGAGGAGCUUCCACCAGAAAAAGCAGCAGCUGCAGCCGGAGGAGGAGAAGAAGGAGGCGGCCCUGGAAUGGGAGGCGGCCGUCCGCACGACGCACUGCUGGUCGAAGAGCUCCAGAACCCGGAGGACAGCGGGGGGAGGAGGGCGCCGUCAGCUGCGUCAUCACCCCCGACGCGCCCACACGCGGAUGACGUCCCUGCGUCCUGUCAACGUGAAGGGAAACAGUGCGCGGGGGAUGCGAGCGCCGAAGAACACCAACCAGUUUCUAAUGCACGAAAAGUACCAGAUGCAGCACAUGCGCUCCGACUCGGUAGGGAGCGACUGCAGCUGCAGGUCCAACAGCGACGUGGACCUCACCGACAUGGACUCCUACCUUGGAGCCCUGGAGAACGCCAGAGGGGCUCUUCUGGACAGCCCCAAGCUCCACGACUCAACAUCGCCCCUGCGGCGGUUCGUGGUACUGCACCCCGACGCCGUGUGCCUUAACGGGAAGAAAGUCUGCUCGGAGGACAGUAUGCAGUACUUUCCAUCCGAGCAGGACCUGAUGCAGAGCCAGAACUUCAUGCAGAAGGACUUUGCUGAGUUCUGCAACUUCCUGUACGCAUGAGGUCUUUUUUUUUCUUCUUUUUUUGGAGAACUGAUCCGCUUCAAGGAGGUGAGCUUUAGAUGGAGAAGACCUCAGACAGGGACUCUUAACAAAAAUCUGGUUGCUUCUAGGUUCUUCAGUUGCUGACUGUUUCAGAAGAACGACUGUAAUGAGUCACAGUCAUAUUUUUAAAGUUUUUGAUCAAUAUUGUUUUUAUUGUUGUACACAAAAGGAAUGAAUGGGAAGGGAGAGAGAAUCGAGUGAAAAUAAAAGUUUUAUGUUAUA